UUUUUUUUUUCCUAAAUUCAACCCAUCUUGUUUGCUUCCGCUCGUCAGCCUGCAUUAUACGUUCAUCAUCACUAAACCGUACUUUUACUCUCCUUUUUUCCUUCCUAUUCAUUUUCAUAUACCCAAACUCCUUCCAUCUUCGUCUGUUUAGCUCACAUUUUGCGGCUCUACAGACUACCACUGUACGCUCCAUUCAUACUAUUCUCUUAACCCUGACCUUCUAGCAUUCCUCUCUUCUUCUCACCUCCUAUUCUCUCACGUCUUGGUCAACUUUUUUUUGUUUGUGCCUUGCUCUCUGUGCCUUAAUCGAAAUUCAUCUUGACAGCUCAUUUUCUCUUGAGCCAUCAGCGUCGUACACUCACCCCGCAAUAAGAAAAGUGAACACGCUGGCACCUGCUCGACCCUUGCCACUUCCUUCGCCAUGAGUGAAGCCCAGUCGAGUAUGUCACAUCCAUCGCCACAGGACCCUUCUCAGCAACUUGACAGAUCUGGAGACAUGGCAUCCCAUUCUUUUCCGCAACAGACAGACCAAACACGUCUUCAAAGUCAACCCGUCCAAACGACGCCUGUCGUGGAGCUGGCUCCUGCAGUGCAACGGUGCGGAAAAUGUAAUCUCCAAAUGAAAGGCUCGUUUGUGCGUGCGCUGGGCAGUACAUAUCAUCUCGACUGUUUCAAGUGCAUGGACUGUGGCCAGAUUGUUGCCUCCAAGUUUUUCCCCAUCACCGAGCCCGAUGGAAAGCAGUAUCCACUGUGUGAGCGCGACUAUUUCCGGCGACUCAACCUUGUGUGCCAGUCUUGUGGAGGAGCUCUUCGUGGCUCCUAUAUAACAGCACUCGACUACAAAUAUCAUAUUGAGCACUUUACAUGCUCGGUCUGCCCAACCGUCUUUGGACCUAAAGAUUCUUAUUACGAACAUGAUGGCAAAGUUUAUUGUCACUAUCACUAUUCGCUCUGUUAUGCUGUCAAGUGUGCAGGAUGUAGGACUGCCAUCCUUAAGCAGUUUGUCGAAAUAAACCGCAACAGCCAGGACGAACAUUGGCACCCAGAGUGUUACAUGAUCCAUAAGUUCUGGAACGUGAAACUCUCCUCAGUUCCGCAGAAAGAAGAUCUAUCCCAGGACGAAGCAGAUCCAGGGUCACAACCAGAAGGGACAGAGUUUGGAGCAGGCACAGACAUAGAGUUUAGAUCAGCAGUAGGACCAGGGCCAACACUUGAACGGCGACAAAUUGAAAUUGACGGUAAUGCAGAUCCAGCCGUUAGUGACAGAGAGGUUGUAAAUACAACUGCAUCCCCAGGAGAAGAUUCAGCGUCAUCUGUCGAGAUUAAGACGCCUGAGGAACUUAAACUCGCUCAGCAGCAGAUGGAGGAAAAGGUCUACCAAAUCUGGACUGUUCUCUCAGCAUUUGAAGAGUCCUCAGCGGGCUGUAUUUCCGAUAUGCUGCUCCAUGUUUCCAAUGGCGCCUACUAUGAAGGUGUGCUUAUGGCUGGGAGAUUUAUUCUCCAUGUCGAUAUCCUUUUUAGCGCAAUUGAUGACCUUGAGGCUCAGAUGAAGGAAGUUGGUGAUAAAAGUGAUAUGGCGCAUGGGAGAGAGGCUAAGAUGCUAUGUAAAAAAAUCGUCAACUUUUUCUCCUUACUCUCACAUACUCAAGAGAGCGGCGUUCGACGACUUGGCAUGACUCAGGAGUUACUCUCGUUGGUCACUGGAUUGGCCCAUUAUCUCAAGAUCCUGAUCCGCAUUGCACUAACCAGUGCGCUCAAACUGGAACGUCAAUAUGACUCGCCGGCGGUUAUUGCCAGAUUUCUCAAUAAGCUGGUGGAAUUAGCAAACAGGGAUAAGUGUACAACUGACUUGCAUGGAAAACAACCGAUCGAUGCAGAGGUUACGUCAGAUUUGUGCUUGGCAUGUCGUGUAACGAUAGAGGAUGAAUGUUUCACUUUUAAUCACAAUCAUCGCUGGCACCCCAAAUGCCUCAAUUGCUCAAAGUGCGCCGCCUCUCAAGCGUCCAUUUAUUAUGAUGCUUCAUUUGACCCAAGCAGCGGUCAGAUCCUGUGUUCAGGAUGUAAGACAGCAGAAUCACAAAUAGGGUUCUUGCGCGUGACAAAGUUAGAACAAUAUACCUUUUUACUUCGUGUGGCGUUGAUUCGACUGGAGAACCUUCUUCACCUCAAAGGUGACGAUCUAACAGGCACGGAUCAAAGAAAUCAUCAACUGGCAACUUCGCCAACAUUGACUCCACUUUCGCCACCUGGUUUAAUACGCAACGAUUCACGGUCAAAAUCUUAUUCGGCAGAUGAUAAUCGGCAGUACGAACCAAUCCAUCUUGGGGAUAUCAAGCGCGUAAAGUCCACUCAUCUUGAUCGAAAGCUUUCUAAUUCCGCACGCAUUCCAAGGCGACAGACAGUGAUCGAACGUCAGCGACGACAACCAGCCACUAAAGACGCGAUUAUUAACGAGUUGGCUGUAGAUGGAAAUGUUGAACAAGAUGAUUCCGGGGGCACGGAUGCGGAGGUGGAGAUCAUAAUUGUUGAUGAGCGACCAGGACCGGACGCACUUAAUCACGAGGAGGAGGAGGAUAGAGAAGGACCUGAUCCGAAUGCACCAGCGACACUCUCAGAUCUGCCAGAACGACUUCGCAAUACCACAUCGAAUACUGCCUCUACUUCUUCGAGCCGAAAUCGUCAUAGCAAUCCUUCUCAAAGCGGACAACAACCAGAAGCAUCCAACACUACUCUUCAUCCUAAAAGGCAGUACCUGAGUGAGCUUUCUGCUCUAGAAUUAUUUAUUGUCAAGCAUCUGGCCGUUUUGACGCUGGCGCCAAUCGUUUCAGAAUACUUUACGUUGGAAGAACUUUUGGAUUUGAUUGGACAGCGCAAACAGACAUUAUGGGGUCGAUUUGUAAAGGGACUCAAGACGGACAAGAAAAAGCCCAAAGUUGAAGGUACAUUUGGUGUCCCCUUAGAAGUUUUAGUGGAGAGGAAUGGUGUGGAUUCAGCACUAGGGGCGGGUCCUGGAAGGAUUAGAAUCCCUAGCUUUGUAGACGAAAGCAUUACUGCCAUGCGUAAUAUGGACAUGUCGGUGGAAGGAGUUUUUAGGAAGAACGGUAAUAUCAGACGCCUCAAGGAACUGAGUGAAUCCAUUGAUAAGAAUCCUAGUUCGGUUACGUUGAGUGACGAUAACCCGGUUCAAGUGGCAGCGCUACUCAAGAAGUUUUUACGCGAUCUGCCAGACCCACUUUUAACAUUCAAGCUUCAUCGCCUUUUUGUUGUUUCUCAAAAAAUGGAAGAUGAAUCGAUACGAAAGACAAUUUUGCAUUUGACAUGCUGUCUGCUCCCAAAACCUAACCGCGAUAGCAUGGAAGCUAUCUGUAUAUUCUUGCGUUGGGUAGCAUCAUUUUCUCAUGUAGAUGAGGAAACGGGUAGUAAGAUGGAUCUCCACAAUUUAGCAACUGUAAUCACACCCAAUGUCCUCUAUUCAAAAUCCAAAGACCCAACAAAAGAUGAAAGUUUUCUUGCGAUUGAAGCUGUCAUGGGUCUAUUAGAAUACCAAGAAGAAUUUUGUGUCGUCCCAAUGGAUCUUUCAUCCAUUCUUAGUGAUCAGGAUCUAGUGGAAUCUUCAACAGAUCUUUCAUCCAAAGACAUCUUGAAGCGCUGCGAGAACUUGGUCCGGUCCAAGAUUAAGAAGUCCCAUUCUUUCGGUGAUCUCUAUGGAGACUCUAAUAAUAGUUCACGGGGAGAGGGAGGAGACCUCACAAGUGUAGGCCAAGUCAAUUGCGAGAAUGCACAACUCAACAGCAGUAAUAGCCAUGGUCCGUCGACGACAAGUGCGAUCCGUAUUCCGGAGCGACCGCGGCCCUACCAUCAUUCGCACUCGUCGCAGGCAAUACCACAUGAAGGGAUAAGUAAUGGUGGCCGAGAGCGAGGAUCCACGCCCAUGUCUCUAUAGUGUGCGAGCCUUGGGUUUGAUCUCUAUUUUAAUUGACUUCCAAAUAAAGUCGG